AAAAUCUUUGCAUAGUUGAGAUUUUAGCUUGCUGUGCAUUGUCCACAAAGUAGAGGAAUUUUCGAGUUGAACUUGGUAGGCGCGAUAUGGCAGCACUCACGUUGCCUAUUACGACCUUGCGAACAGCUGCUAUAAUGUUUAUGUUGCUGUUCUGCUUUCUAGAUUUUCGUAAUUUUUGAAAUACUUCUAAUUGUUUAAACAGGACUUUUUAUUGUUGAUUUUUAAUUGCAUUUUAUCCUCUUAUCGAAAUGCGUAAACGGGAAUUACAGAGCAUACCUUUAAAGUUAGCGGAACUGAAAGAAUAUGACAUUAUACGGAAUGAGCGCGCUGCAGCUAGAAACCAAGGGCAGCAAGAAGAAACUCCAAGGGAUCAACCGUCACCGAUUGCCAAUGUUGGACCAAAAACUAAAAAAGAAAUUCAAUCGCGUUUGAAUACUACUACAUAGCUUGUUUGAAUAUUUCUUACUCAAAUUGUUUAAGUGAUAAUAAUUUUUAAUAUAUUAUAGAAUUUAAAGUCUUCUUACUGAUGUGAUGACUCAGAUGUAAAA